AUGGGUGCAAGGGGGUACAGCUUUUUUAAAUCCUGGAUCCGCCACUGGCCUCUCCUAUUCUUCUUCUUCAUCUACAUCACAAUCUCAUAUGCAACAGCAGAUUUUCUAAAAAACCCGGAUUUCGAAAUCCCUCCCGCCAAUGUAACAGCAAAUACCAGUACCGAAGCAAACUCCAUUCCCGGCUGGUCAGUCAGCGGCACGGUCUGGUACGUGGCCUCCGGAAACAGCGGGGGCCACGCCGUGCAGUUAGGCCAAAACGGGAAGAUCAGUCAAAGACUCACAGCCACCGGUAAUUAUAAUAAUGCGUUAGAUUACAUUGUGAGCUUCACUCUUGCUGCACAAAAUAUACAGUGUGCUAACAAUCGGACUGCUCUAAACGUAACACUCCGCGAUUAUUUGGAUCGUAACCUAUCAAGAGUGAUCUACAUGUUAAAGAAUUCAAGCAGAAAUGCGUGGGAGAGACAUAGUUUCAAAGUGCCGCAAAUGGGAGGGAAGGACUAUGUCGACAUCCACAUCCAAAGCGUCGCCGGAUAUGAUAACGAUAAUGACACGUGUUGGCCUCUCGUCGAUGCAUUUACUGUCAACACCAAUCAAAUGCCUAUUUGGUACGAUGGAAACAUGUUAUCAAAUGGCGGUUUCGAGGUGGGGCCAGCAUUCGGGAACAAGUCUGGAAACGGGAUUAUACUAAACGAGGAAGACGAUGAGUUCUACUCUCCGCUGCAGCAAUGGUCCGUAAUCGGAAGCAUAAGAUACAUCGACUCCGGCCACUACAAAGUUCCCGGCGGCCGAGCGGCGGUGGAGCUGCUCUCAGGUGGGGUCCAGAAAGACUUCCCCAGCCUUCCAACGGCAAAUAGCUACACACUCAACUUCACGGUGGGGGACGCCAAUGACUCGUGUGCGGCCGAUUUGGUAGUGCACGUGCGAGUAGGGGCGAGCGUGUGGGAGUUCAGGGUGAAGAGCAACGGAACGGGAUCCGCGUUCAGACAUAGCGUGGGGUUUAGGGCUGAGGCGUCGUCUCUCGUCUUUUAUAGCUAUGAGGAAACGGUAAGCGGAGAUGGAGCGUUGUGUGGCCCUGUUUUGGACGAUGUGAUUCUUGUUGCUUCCUUUGGAGAGAGGCUGGAGCUGUGGCGUCGCCUUUUAUUUAUUGCUUUUCUCAUCAUCGUCAUUGUGGCUUGAUGUCAUCACAAAUUAAUAAAAUAAAUUAUACUCUUAAAGA